AUGACGCAUGGUGUGCUUCGGCUCCCCUGGGGACACCUGACAGUAACUCUGACCAUGAUCCUGAUGGUGCUGAGCCCUCCUCUGGCUUUGUCCAGGGACAACCAACCGCGUUUCCUGGAACAGGGUAAGGCUGAGUGUCACUUCACCAACGGGACGGAGCGGGUGCGGUUCCUGGACAGAUACAUCCAUAACCGGGAGGAGUACGUGCGCUUCGACAGCGACCUGGGGAAGUUGGUGGCGGUGACGGAGCUGGGGCGGCCGAAUACUGAGUACGGGAACCGCCGGGAGGACUACCUGGAGCAGGCGAGGGCCGCUGUGGACACGGUGUGCAGACACAACUACGGGAUUUUUGAGAGCUUCACGGUGCAGCGGAGAGUGGAGCCUCUGGUGACUGUGUAUCCUUCAAAGACUGAGCCCCUGAAACACCACACCCUCCUGGUCUGCUCUGUGAAUGGCUUCUAUCCAGGCCACAUUGAAGUCAGAUGGUUCCGCAAUGGCCAGGAAGAGGAGGCUGGGGUUGUCUCCACAGGCCUGAUCCAGAAUGGAGACUGGACCUUCCAGACCCUGGUGAUGCUUGAAACCAUUCCUCAGAGUGGAGAGGUUUACACCUGCCACGUGGAGCACCCAAGCCUGACGAGCCCCAUCACAGUGGAAUGGAGAGCACAAUCUGAAUCUGCACAGAGCAAGAUGCUGAGUGGAAUCGGGGGCUUUGUUCUGGGUCUGCUCUUCCUCGGGGCGGGGCUGUUCAUCUACGUCAGGAAUCAGAAAGGACACUCUGGACUUCAGCCAACAGGUAGUGUACUUCUAUCCUUUUUUAGAGCUGGAUUUGGUUCUCUUUAA